UCCCGGGGCCGCCCCGCGGCGUUCGGAAGCUCCGCACCAUCCGCUUCCCCCCCCGCCCCGGAAGAGGCGGGCAGAGCGGCGGCCAUGCAGGUCUCCAGCCUCAACGAGGUGAAGAUCUACAGCCUGAGCGCCGGCAGGAGCCUCCCGGAGUGGCUCUCGGACAGAAAGAAAAGAGCUUUACAGAAAAAAGAUGUGGAUAUCAGAAGAAGAAUUGAACUUAUUCAAGACUUUGAAAUGCCCACAGUUUGCACAAAGAUUAAGGUAUCGAGAGAUGGGCAGUAUGUUAUGGCAGCUGGAACUUAUAAGCCAAGGAUCCGCUGCUAUGAUACCUAUCAGUUAUCCCAGAAAUUUGAAAGAUGCUUAGAUUCUGAAGUGGUUACGUUUGAGAUUUUAUCAGAUGAUUACUCAAAGAUUGUCUUCUUGCAGUGUGGCAGGUUUGUGGAGUUUCAUUCGCAACAUGGCCAUUACUACAAGACAAGAAUACCAAAAUUUGGUAGAGAUUUCUCUUACCAUUAUCCAUCGUGUGACCUGUAUUUUGUAGGAGCAAGUUCUGAAGUGUACAGGCUAAAUCUGGAACAAGGACGGUUCCUCAACUCCCUGCAAACUGAUGCUUCAGAGAGUAACGUCUGUGACAUAAAUCCCGUACACUUCUUGUUUGCUAUGGGGACGGCUGAGGGUAAAGUUGAAUGCUGGGAUCCUAGAACUAGAAAUCGAGUUGGGCUGUUGGACUGUGCGUUAAACAGUGUGACAGCAGACACAGAGAUAGAAGGUUUGCCGUCCAUUUCAGCACUGAAAUUUGAUGGAGCUUUGAAUAUGGCUGUUGGAACAUCUACCGGGCAGGUUUUAUUAUAUGAUCUCCGGUCUAGUAAUCCAUUAAUAGUCAAGGAUCACCACUAUGGCCUGCCUAUAAAGUCAAUUCAGUUUCAGCAUCAAUUGGAUUUAAUUAUCUCUGCAGAUUCUCGAAUCAUAAAAAUGUGGAAUAAAGAUACAGGGAAGAUAUUUACUUCAAUGGAGCCAGAACAUGAUAUCAACGAUGUCUGCCUGUAUCCAAAUUCAGGAAUGCUAAUGACUGCCAAUGAAGCCCCUAAAAUGAACAUCUAUUAUAUACCAGUUUUAGGACCUGCCCCCAAAUGGUGUUCCUUCUUGGACAACUUGACUGAAGAACUGGAAGAGAAUCCAGAAAGCACAGUUUAUGAUGAUUACAAAUUCGUUACCAGAAAAGACCUUGAAAAUUUAGGCCUUGCUCAUCUCAUUGGAUCAUCGUUGCUCAGAGCAUAUAUGCAUGGCUUUUUCAUGGACAUUAGACUUUAUCAUAAGGCAAAAAUGAUGGCCAACCCCUUUGCAUAUGAAGAAUAUAGAAGAGAGAAAAUAAGGCAGAAGAUAGAAGAAACACGUGCACAGAGAGUUCAACUAAAGAAACUUCCGAAAGUCAAUAAAGAGCUUGCACUCAAGUUGAUUGAAGAGGAAGGAGAAGAGCAGCAGGUUGCUAGAAAAAGGAAACAGAAGAAUCUGCCGAGCCUUCUCAAAGAUGAUCGCUUUAAGGUCAUGUUUGAGAAUCCAGAUUUCCAGGUGGAUGAGCAGAGUGAGGAAUUUAGGCUACUUAACCCUCUUGUUUCUAAAAUAAGUGAGAAAAGAAAGAGGAAACUAAAGCUCUUAGAGGAACUGGAAGCACAAGAACAGGAAGAGGAGGAAGAACCAGAAGGAAAAGCAAGUGAUGCAGAAAGUUCUGAGAGUUCAGAUGAUGAAAAAGGCUGGGUUGAAGAGGUCAGGAAACAGCGCAAGCUCCUACGCCAAGAGGAAAAAGUAAAGCGGCAGGAAAGGUUCAAGGAGGAUCAGCAAACAUUACUGAAACCUCAGUUUUUCGAGAUUAAAGAAGGAGAAGAAUUCAGAAGCUUCAAAGACUCUGCCAAAAAACAAAAAUUAAUGAAGAAAACUCUUGGAGAUCGUUUAAAGCUUGAAGAAAAACUUGGCACACUCGAUGUGUCUGAUACCACAGUAGGCAGCAAACAGGCAACAUUCAAAUUAAAGAAGUCGGAGCAGCAAAGGAAACAGCAGGAAGCUGAGAAACAACAUCGCCAAGAGAGAAAAAUUCUUAGGCGUUCUGCCAGUCAUCUGAAGAGCAAACGUGGAAGAGGACGACUGUUUCAUUGAUUUAUUUUAUAUUAUUUUUUUAAAAAAAACUUUUUAUAUAAUUUUUCAUUUGAAAAAGGGACUUCUUCAAAUUGCGACACAGUGCCAAUGUAUUUGUUUUAUUCAUUGGUGAACACGAAACCCAGAACUUGCUAAAACCUGUGUUAAUUAUUUAAAAGUUUAUGAAAGUAAAAGUAUUGACCAAAGGACACUCCGCGUAUGAUGUCUUAUAAAUUCCAGCGUGAACUGUAUUUGUGCAGAAAUCACCAGCAACUGUUUUUUAUGUAACCCUGGAUAUUUUCUAUGUAAGAAUUUAUGUAUACAGUGAGGCUGCCUGUCUUUUAUUUAACUUGAGCUGUGGGGUUUUGCUUCCCAAAAUCUGUAUUUGUGACUGCUCAGAUAAAAGAUCAAGGGUAAGUUAUUUUGUCUAAAAACUUAUCUCUACAAGGGCACAACAUUUUUUUUCUCCUAUGAUUCUUGAAGGAUAAAACACAAUUGUGUUUUUCAAAAACUGACUUUGACUUUUAUAUUCUUGGGUUGCCUUAGUAGCCAGGAGGAGGUAGAGUGGUCAUCACGAGGGCAAUUGAGAAUGCCCAAUUUAGGUUCCUCUAAUUCACAUGUAUAAGGAGACCUGUCUUGCCACACCGAUAUACAAAAGGGAAUCUUGGAAAGAUAGUCUUAAUAAGUUCAAUUUUGUGAAUAUUGCCUUUACAGAGAAUCUUUAGGACCGGCUUGAGUGUGUUUUGGUAAGUCACCUAUGGUUCAGCACAGAUCAAGUGUAUAUGUUCAUGUAACAAGCACUUUAAUGCCAUACCAGUAGCUUCCUAUUCUUCAAAAAGUUAGUUUAGUUAAAUAACUUUAAAACUAGAACCUUUGUUAAGAAAAUGAUUGAUUUUUUCUGUCUUCUUUUUGAUUCCCAGCAGAAUGUUUGUUGCUAACCACCUUGUUGCAGCAUUGCAACCCAUCUCGAUCUCUUCUUGAUUUUUAUCUUGCAAACCCAUCAUUUGCAUGUAGUUCACUCCUAAGGCAAAGCAGUUAAUUUUUGCAUUUUAGCAGAGGAUCUUUGUUUAUUGCCUUUUAAAAAUUUUUUAUAAGUUGGGGAGUUUUGUUAAAUCCAAGAAGCUGUGAACUUUGAUUUUAACAAGGAUCAGUGAAUCUCCCCGUCGCUGAAAAUCAUUUUAAGAGACUUGGAGGUUCUUAAGUGUUUUGGUUUACAAACCAUAGAGUUUAUUGAUCUGGUCAGGUAGCCUUGUGAAUUGUUACAUGCGUAGGAGAAUUUAGUGGUGAGAGUCAGUUUUAAAAGCUCCCUGUAAAUAAGUUUAUAGAUAGUGGUUAAAUGUGAGUGAAAUACUGGCAAAUUUAGAAAAUAUAUUAGGUCUGAUGCAUCACCUAUAUACUUCAGUACUUUCAUACUCCACAAGUAAUAUAAUUAAGUUCAGAUAGGCUAUUAGUCAUUGAACACACAUUGAGCCACAACUAAUUGUGUAAUGUUCUUUCCAAACUGCUAUUACCAAGCAAAGAAGUAUGCUGUGUUCCUGUGGCUGGUAUAAUUGUCUGAAACAGAGUGCAUCCAUCAGUUUAUACAAAACAACGAAACAAUUCACUGUACCACACUGUUAGUUUUUAAUGUAAGAACAAAAUAAUGAAAUGUGAUUUAAGGUAUUCCCCUGCAUAAAUAGUAAUAUUAUAAUAAUAAUAAUAUAUGCAUUUUUAUAUUCACUGGAGUUCAUUUAUGUGUGAAGCUCAAAGUAGGUAUGAUUUGAGGUUACCAGCUUCAGGAAGAGUUGUGAGGGAGUGUGUAACAGCUUUCAAAUCACUCCAUCUUGCUUUGCAUCAGCCUUUUAUGUUUGUACUCUCCAUGUCUCCAGAUAGGAAAAUGAGUAAUAGACUUGAAUUCCAAGAAGAAAGAACCGACUUUCAGAUGCAGGAGGACAGUGAAAUCAGUACAACGGUUUGCCUGGGAGGCUGAGCAAUGUCCACCAAAAGACUUGUGAUCUAAGUUUAAACAUCUGCAGAAACCCCGCAGGUAGAGUGGAGCCCGCCUUGAGGAGGGAGGAACGGAUUAAUGAACUUCAGAGGACCUCUCCAGCACUGUGACUCUAUGAUUGGUUGUAGGGCAUAAGGAAGAGGCAUACAGUAUUAAUUGACUAGAGCUAUUUUCCCCCGUCUGUCCCAUCCUUCAGGUGAAUCACUUAGUAGUUUUAUCUUUUUAUCUCUUUCAUGAAGAUUAAAUACUUUUUUUGGCUUGUUUCCAUAGCUAAUAUAUUUUGUGUGAUCUUGGGAAGUAUAGGCUUAAAGCUGAAUGAAAGCACAUAAAUCUAUUAAUAAACUUUAGGUCUUGAUUGUUAUCUCUGUAUUUCAAAUCCCGUUUUACACAACAACUGACUCUUUGUGAUGAAGACGUAGUCCUGUUCUGUCACCAACAUGAACAAUAUAUAGUACAGCCUGAACAAAAUAAUCAGGUUUAGCAGAACUUGAGGUUUACACAACCGGAGGAAAAAGAAUUCUCUUGUCUUAAAGA